UUUUUUCCAUCCCUCUUUUAGGUAUUUGUUUGAAUACAUAGAGGAAGAUGACAAGUGUGCAUGGAUGAUUUUACGUAAUUAACACCUGCUAGAUUUGCAAAAGGCAGUUAUCACUGCGAAGCGUUUACAUUGAUUUAUGGGAGGAAGGCGGCCCAUGAGAGGGAUGCUGAUAAUAUCAACACAGUGGAUUAAAUUCACGUUUACACCUUUAUUGACUUAUAAAUUAUCUGUGCCAGGAAUGCGCUGAAAAGGCUGCUGAUGGAGCAGUAAUGUGGCACAAACCACCGGGUUUGGAUUCAGCUCUGCCAUCAUUCUGUAAGGCACUUACAUGGAAACCUUCAUCUGAGCUACUCUAGGAUACAGAGGCGCACAGAAUGGCUGCUUGUUAGGAUAAUGAGCAGUGAUGGCAAACAGGAAUUUGGAAGAAUGAUAAAAGACAAUGGACGAGGUUUGAAGGAAUUGUCUUGCCUUUUUUUAAAUUAUUUUUAGAUUUUUGUUGUUUAUACUAUGGAUUUUUAGAGAAAGCUUGAAGAGGCUGCAAGAGUCUUUGUAGCAGGGAAAUGGAAUCUGGCUCUGAAUCCAGCCAACAUCAGAAAAGAAAGAUUGUGACACAUGGACUGGAAGAUCAAAAAAGGAUUUACACGGAUUGGGCAAAUCACUAUCUAGCAAAAUCUGGUCACAAGAGAUUGAUAAAGGAUCUACAGCAAGAUGUGACUGAUGGAGUCCUGCUAGCCGAAAUAAUCGAAGUUGUAGCAAAUGAAAAGAUUGAAGACAUCAAUGGCUGCCCAAAAAAUAGGUCUCAAAUGAUUGAAAACAUAGACGCAUGCCUGAGUUUCUUGGCUGCUAAGGGGAUUAACAUCCAGGGGCUGUCAGCAGAAGAGAUCAGGAAUGGGAAUCUAAAGGCCAUCCUGGGCCUGUUCUUCAGCCUGUCUAGGUACAAGCAGCAGCAGCAGCAGCCCCAGCACCAUCCAGCCCAGCAAGCAGGGCCUCCAUCCCAGUGCCAGCUGGGCAUCCCCCAGCAGCAGGUGCCAGCUCCGCUCCACACUCCGUGCCAACAGUCUUAA